AGCGCCUGUCUUUGUUUACUAGUAACAUGUGUUUAUUCUCUUGUUCCCUCUCGGAGCUCAAGAUAAAAGUUUAAAGUUCAAAUGUUCAGAAUAAAAAUAAUCAAGUAAAAUAUGAUUAAAGAAUUAAACGACCAAAUUCAGCCUACAGAGUUAUGCUAAUUAAAGUGACGUUCAUGCAAAAUUAUUUCAACUUCGAUGAGCUCCGUCAUUUCUGGUUGUGAUUUCGUAGCGGGAUGGGGUUCAGGAAUAUGCGGAUUAGUAGUAGGACAUCCUUUCGAUACAGUCAAGGUUUGGAAGCAGACAUUACCUGAAAACUCAAGUGCUACUAGAGUGAUGUUAACUCUCUUAAAACAUGAAGGUGUUAGAGGAUUUUAUAAGGGAAUGAUGUUCCCUUUGUUGACGGCGGGAGCUCUUAAUUCUUUGUACUUUGGUGUUUACGGCAACAUGAUGCGUGAACUGCAUUUGUUACGUGGAGUCACUCCAGCCACAUGCUGGGAUGACGCACCAUACCGCAAUUGGCACUGGGAUGUCUUCUUCUCUGGCUGUACCGGUGGCCUGGCCUCUGUCUUUGUAUCCUGUCCUGUUGAACUCGUCAAGACUCAGUUACAGACACAGACAAGUGAACCCAACCUUGUGACCAAGAGAUUCCAUCAGUAUCAUGGGCCGUGGGAUUGUCUGAUGGAACAGUACAGAUACAGUGGAAUCAGGGGCUGCUACAGAGGAUUCGUUCCAAUGCUGUGGAGAGGUUGUGUACCUGACGUCAUGCUCCGCGAUGUCAGCUCUGGGAAGGGGUACACUGCGACAUUAGCACCUGGAGGGUUAAGUAAAAAGGACGUAGGUGCCUCUGGGGUGUACAUGUCCGCGUACGCUCAUGCUGGUCAGCUCUUGCCAGAUAAACAUGUCUGGUGCAUCAUGAUUGCUGGUGCUGCUGCAGGAGUCAUAUCAUGGUCAGUUGUGGUGCCAUUAGAUGUAGUCAAAACCCGUAUCCAAGCCGAUAGCAAAUCUGAUCCAAAAUAUAAGAACAUGCUGGACUGCAUCAUCAAGAGUUACAAACAUGAUGGCAUCACAGUCUUCUUCCGUGGUUACGGGGUUGUAGCGUUACGUGCCCUACCAGUCAAUGCUGUUACUUUUGUUGGUUACGAAUUUCUUAUAUCUUUUUGUAGUUGAUAUAUUAAAAAAAUAUAUUCUUGUUACAUAUUUUA